CUGGUGAGGGAGACGAUGGCUGAGCAGGAGGCCGCGCCCGCCUUUGAAUGACGGGAGCUCGCGCUCGCCGAGGGAAGCGGCUCCCCCUCGGCUCGGGCCGCGUCGCCUCCAUCUCCGCCCCGCUCCGCGCUGGACAAGGCGAAGACCUCCAUCAUGGCCAUUACGCAAUUCCGUCUGUUUAAAAUUUGUACAUGCCUGGCAGCAGUACUUUCUUUUUUUAAGCGGCUAAUAUGCAGGACUGGAAGAGGACGAAAACUUAGUGGAGACCAAAUAACUUUGCCAACCACCGUGGAUUAUUCAUCUGUUCCUAAACAGCCAGAAGUAGAAGAUUGGUCUUCAUGGGAUGAAGAUGCACCCACGAGUGUGAAAAUUGAAGGUGGUAAUGGCAGUGUGGCCAAUCAGCAAAAUGGUUUGGAAGAAAUGGAGCCUGACUACUUUAAGGACAUGGCACCAACAAUAAGAAAAACACAGAAAAUUAUUGUUAAAAAACGUGAACCCCUAAAUUUUGGGAACCAGGAUGGCAGUGCAGGAUUUUCUAGUAGAUUAGCAGCUACACAAGAUGUUCCUUUUAUUCACCAAUCUCCGGAAUUGGGUGACCUGGAGACAUGGCAGGAAAACAGAAAUGCUUGGGAAGAAGAGGAAGAUGCAUCCUGGCAAGCAGAAGACGUUCUGAGGCAGCAGAAAAUAGCAGAAAGGGAAAAAAGAGCAGCAGAGCAACAAAGGAAGAAAAUGGAGAAAGAAGCUCAACGUUUAAUGAAGAAAGAGCAGAAUAAAAUUGGUGUGAAGCUGUCCUAACGCCACUUUGCGUUGGUCUCAUGGUGCCAGCAGAGGGGAGAGAAUUCAGCUUCUAAAGCAUAUGCAUCAUUUUGUAUUGAUCUCAGUAUUUUUAGAACUCCAGCUCACUGCUUCAUUUUUAAAGCCAUCUUGGGAGAGACACUUCUUCCAUAAAGUAACUUCAACUGGACGGUUCAAACAACAACAACAGCAUCAUCCCACCAAAUCCCACCAUGAAAGGGCAGUGUUUCCUUCAGAAGCCCUAUCCCACUGCACUCGUACUCCAAGAAGAGAUACUAUGGCAUAAACUCUUCAACUGCCUGUUUUUGACGCUAAAGGGAAAAAAGGGUGUAAAUAAUUGAAUGAUGGCAAACUAUUCUAUUGUCUAUUAUGCUUAUAACAGGAAAGGUGUGUAAUUAAAUAAUUUUAAAGAA